UUAGAAGUUGCUCUUUUGUUUGUUGCAGAUUGCCUUGCAAACACAAGGGAAUAUAUAUGAAGAUGUGCCACUGGUUGAAGGUCAGGAGAUUAAGCCAAGCAUGUUCAUUGACCUUGAUCAUGAGUACAUGUAUGUCAUGACAGAUCACAAGUUGAUGAAGAUGAAGUUAUAUAACUGUUCCCAGUACACAACAUGUAACUCAUGUCUACAAGCUGGCAAUCCAUACUGUGGCUGGUGCUCCCUGGAAAAUAAAUGCAGCCUAAAAAAGGAUUGUGCCAGUAAUGAUCAGGUGUUGCGCUGGCUGCCAUACAGUGGUAGUAACAAUUCUUGUCCAUCCAUUACAAGUGUCAUCCCCAAACAGAUACAGAAAGAAUACUCCCAUUCUAGAAGCAUACAGCUGAAUGUGUCAAACCUCCCAAGUUUUGGAACACAUCCAUAUCAGUGUGUGUUUAGCUACAGUAGGAAUAUUCGGAUUAUUACGACCAACAAAACACUAGACAACCCCAACAACAAGGUUGUCCGGUGUAACACGCCGGAGACCCAUCUACUACCGCCCAUUCCAACUGGUGAAGAUCAUAUAAAGAUGAAUUUAUCAAUCCAUAUAUGGGGACGUGACUUUGUGUCAAAGGAGUUCACUUUCUUCGACUGUUCCUUACACAAAUCGUGCACAAGCUGUACAUUGAGUGAGUUCCCAUGUACAUGGUGUAUACAGAACCAUGUUUGUACCCACGAUGUGGAAAACAACUGUAAGAAACAAGACCUUGUAUAUGGUCAAAACUCUGUUGGACAUACAAUUGGACCAGCAGAAUGUCCAAGAUUCGAACUUCAGGGUAGGAAAACAAACAAGAUUCUGGUACCUUCCGGUAUCACAAAGAAAAUUACUGUGAAAGGUCUUCAUAUGAAGGAUUUUAUGAAGGAGAACAUUCGCUGCGAAUUCUUCGGAGUGCGGGAAGUUGGUGCAAGGGUCACAGAUGCUGGGUCAGAUCAAAUAUACAUAGAAUGUAAUCAAGUGGAUUUUUCAUAUGCAGACGAUAGGCCAGAAAUGAAUGUAGUGUUCCAUAUAUACUGGAGAGAAGGCCUUGAAAGUGUACAAAGAGCACUGGAUAAUCCUGAGAAAAUACAAGUGCGAGUUUUUAAAUGUAACGAAAUGGCUAAAACAUGCGGGCAUUGCAUGCUUCUAGAUCCUAAAUUUAAUUGUGGCUGGUGCAAUGAAACGCAAACCUGUACCAUACAGAACAAAUGCCCUUAUUGGGCAGGAUCCUGGUUGAAUAACAUGCACUCUUGCUCCAAUGUUGAAGUGUCUAGCAUUGAGCCAUUGACAGGGCCUAAAAUGGGUGGUACCAAAUUGACGAUUCUUGGUAAAAAUCUUGGCAAGUCUAAAGAGGACAUUGAGGGCGGAAUCAGUGUGGCGGAGGUGGCCUGUAAUCCAAUUAUAGAAGAAUAUCAGCCUCCAUAUCAAAUUGUGUGUCAGACAGGACCGAAGGAUAAAUAUGUGACAGGAUUUGUGCGUGUAGUGAUUGGAAAUACAUAUGCUUCAACUGCCAAACAAUCCUUCACCUAUGUCGAUCCAGAAUUGAACAGUAUUUCGCCUACACGAGGACCAGUGUCAGGUGGUACUAGAGUGACUAUCAAUGGUAGAUUCCUAAAUGCAGGAACUUCGGUGACGGUUAUGUUAGGGACAAACAAAUGUCCAGUUAAACAGAGACUUGAAAAUCAAAUUAUUUGUGUAACAUCAAAAGCCAUACAGAAUUCCACAGCCAAAAUUUCCGCCAAAUUUGAUGACCAGGAUGUUAUUAGCCUGCUUGAGUUUGUAUAUAUAGAAGAUCCGGUUAUAUACUCGGUUGAGCCAAUCCGAGCCAUUGUGAGUGGUGGAAUAAAAAUCCUGGUCAACGGCACCAAUUUAGAAUACAUACAGCAGGCUCACAUGAUAUUUAGGAAAGAAGGAAGUCGAAGGAAGAGGAAUGUACAGGAAUACACCGGGGACUGUCGUAUACCAGCAGCCGGCGAUCCGUACAUGUUCUGUUACUCUCCCAUGAUCCCUAACAACACAGUCACUGAUCCAAGCGGUGUCAAGUUCUCGUACGGAAUACAACUGGACAACACUUACAUUGACAGGUCGCAACAAAAUGAAAUGUUUACCAUUUAUCCAGACCCUAUCUUUGAGAUAUUUUCCGACCAAAAAUCAUACCAAAGUUCAACCGAUAACUACCUCACUAUAAAUGGUCGCAACUUGAAUUUGGGCUUCAACCCAAGUGAUGUAACUGUAAAGAUUGGCAAAGACUUCUGUAACGUGACCUCCAUUGAUAAGAAUGGGAACCAGUUGAAUUGUAAACCACCAAAGAACCAGCCACCAUCCGAAAAGGGGAGCAAGUACCCUGAAGUUGUGGUCCAAGUGGGAAGAAAUUUCAGUAAGCAGAUAGGUUACUUGAAGUAUGAGCAGACUGAAAUUCUACCAUUACCUGUGAUAAUUGGUCUUGGAGCUGGCGGAGGUGUCCUUGUGCUUGUUGUUAUUUUCUUUGUUGUAUUGUGGUGUAUUAAAUCAAGAGAAAAUCUGAGCAUGAAGAAAAAAUGGCAGAUACAAAUGGAUAACCUUGAGGUCAAGGUCGCAAAGGAAUGUAAAGAAGCUUUUGCCGAACUACAGACUGAUAUGACAGAAUUGACGAGUGAUCAUUUUGGACAAAUUGCCAUCCCGUUCUGGGACUACCGUACUUACUGUAUGAGAGUCCUAUUCCCCCAGGAUGAGGAUUCUCACCCCGUUAUAAGAGAUCUUGAUGUUGACCCAUCUAAACGAGAACAAAUUGAGCAUGGUUUGAAGUUAUUCUCACAACUGAUUGGGAACCGAACAUUCCUUCUAACAUUUGUACGUACACUAGAAGCCAACAAAAAAUUCAGUAUGCGUGAAAGAGUCAAUGUGGCGUCACUGAUUUCUGUAGCAUUACAAACCAGGAUGGAAUAUGCCACAGAGAUAUUAAAGACACUGCUUUCAGAACUUAUAGAGAAAUCUGUAGAGGGUAAAAAUCAUCCUAAACUGUUGUUAAGACGUACAGAAUCUGUCGCUGAGAAAAUGUUAACUAAUUGGUUUACAUUCUUACUGUAUAAGUUUUUAAGGGAGUGUGCGGGAGAACCGUUGUUCAUGUUAUAUCAAGCCAUUAAGCAGCAGACGUCAAAAGGUCCAGUAGAUAGUGUAACUUCAGAAGCUAGAUAUUCUCUUAGUGAAGAUAAACUAAUACGACAACAAGUAGAUUAUAAAACUAUGACCAUAUAUGUUCAAGAUAUGGAGCAGUUUGGUCAACAGUCACACCCUGUAAAGGUUUUAGACUGUGACACAAUCACCCAGGUGAAGGAGAAGAUACUAGAUGCUAUAUACAAGAAUGCUCCAUUUAGUAGCAGGCCUACUAAACAAAAUGUUGAUCUGGUAUUGUUUGCUCAAUCUGCUAAGCCAGAGUCAGAGUGGGACCAAAAUACACAGAAGAUGAUCUUAUGUAACGUUGAUAACACUACUAAACUGGAGGGUGAAUUUAAAAAAAUGAACACAUUAGGCCAUUAUCAGGUACCGGAUGGUGCAUGUAUGGCAUUGGUGCCUAAACAGACGCCUUCUAUAUACGAUCUGUCCACAACGUCAGAAAAGUCUUCCAAGAGCUUCGAUUACAAACGUUUCGGUAAAGAGGAAUAUGGCAGUGUGAUAUAUAGUGGUAGAAGUCCCUCCCUCAAUAGGACAGCAUCACCACAGAAUGUUCAUAUAGAUAUAGAAAACUCUAGUAAUAAUGGUGGAACCAAAUAUUACCAUCUUGUUAGACAACAUGAUCAAGAUAAUGCAAAGGAAGGAGAUCGUGGAAGUAAGAUGGUGUCAGAGAUCUAUCUCACCAGACUGCUAGCAACAAAGGGCACAUUGCAACAGUUUGUAGAUGAUUUGUUUGAGAGAAUCUUUAGUACCGUUCAUAGAGGUACGUCGUUGCCGUUAGCGAUCAAAUACAUGUUUGAUUUCCUUGAUGAUCAGGCAUUGUUACAUGGUGUUCAGGACCAAGAUGUUGUGCAUACAUGGAAAUCCAAUAGUCUUCCACUACGUUUUUGGGUAAACGUGAUAAAGAAUCCCAACUUUGUGUUUGAUAUAUAUAAAUCAAACAUCGUCGACUCAUGCUUGUCAGUAGUUGCUCAAAACUUUAUGGACUCGUGCUCAAUGAGCGAGCAUAAAUUAGGAAAAGAUUCCCCCUCUAGUAAACUGUUAUAUGCCAAAGAUAUACCAACCUAUAAGAGAUGGGUUGAGAGGUAUUAUCAAGACAUCAAAAUGAUGCCGGCCAUAAGCGAUCAAGAUAUGACGGCCAUGAUGGCCGAUGAAUCAAGGACACAUCAGGAUGAGUUCAACAUGAACGCAGCGUUGUAUGAACUGUAUAAAUACGUACAACACUAUCACGAGGAUCUCAUUAGUGCGCUAGAUGAGGACGAGUUUGCGCGAAAAAAUAGACUCAACUAUAAGUUGGAACAAGUCCAUUUAGCAAUGACUGGUGAGGCGUACUGCUGACCACGGGAAUAAUAUAGUGUCCAGAAUAUUUGUGGUAGUUCGUACACAUAUGUCUAAGCCUGUUUUUUUAUGUUAAUGUGUUUACAAUGGAACCAGACAUAUAGACAUACAUAAAUUAUGCAUAUGUGUUGAAGUUGUUGACAGAUUGUGUGUACAAGAUGGGAAACUGCAUUAACUGUAUGGCAAAUUGUACCAAGGAUAAAGUUUCUUGAUAGUUCUUUAUAGUAGUAGAAGAAAAUAUGUGUCCUUAAUACAUCUGCUAUUCUUGUUGAUAUUUAAAGGAAAACAUGAUUUUUUGUAUAAUCUGAUGGUCAGAUAUAUAUCAUUCUUCUUCUACACGAGCUGUUUCAUUGUAGAAAGAGUGCCAUUUUAUUGCAUUACAAUUUUCAUUUAUAUCUUUUUUAAACCAUUUUUAGCUCUUUAUUAAUUGUUUUCAAUGUGAAGUCAAUUUUUAGGAAAGAAAAACAGUAUUUUAGAAAUAACAAAGGUUGAGUUACGCAUGUCAAGUGUUUAGAUUCAACAUUGGUUAUACCCUUAAACAGAACAUACAUACAUUUGAACUUUUUUCGAUUCUCAAGUGGGAGAUUUUUCUUCAAAAAGAGGGAAAUUUUUGAAUUUGCAAUAAACAAAGAAGGAAGUUCUGACACCAAAAAGGAGAUUUCUUUUAUUAAUGAAAAUACCCCUUAUUUUAUGAAAAAUCUUUGAAAAUAUAGCUGCAGAAAGUGGGAGUCUCCCGCUAAAAGUGGGAGAGUUCACAUGUAUGAACAUAAUGAACGCAUGCAGAAUGAAACCGUAGAAUUUGCAAACUUUAUUAUAAAAAAGAUUUAUAUUUAUUGUAUUAUGUAAGUAAUAUUUAACUUGCCAAAGAGAUAGAUAGAUGAAUAGGGCUACUAUAAAUCAAUUUAUUAUUAUUUUCUAUACUGAAGAACGUGUAAAACCUUUUUUUGCGACCAUAUUUAUGAAAAAGUUUCUUGGCGUUUUUUUUCUUUCUUUUAAAGAAUGCUUCAAUGUCAUAUCAUUAUCUUGUUGCCAUAGUUACCUUUGUAUAUAACAAGCAUUAUAAAAUAUAAAGCUAUCUUAAUAUACUGCUGAUGCUAGAAUAGAUUUAUUCAUUAAAUAUUGUCAUGUUUGUAAAUUAUUCUUUAAAGUCGCAUAACAUAUGAAAUGAUAAAGAUAUACACCAUUUUUACGUAAGUGACAUAAGAAUAUAGGUUAGUAAAGUAGAAAUAACCUGAUGUUUUUUGGGUUUUUGUUAAUUAUUAAAUGUUUUUAGUUUGGAGAUGACUUCUUCACUGGUUUUCAUUUAAUGUAUGUGUGAUGAUAAGAAAGGGAUACAGUCCAUUUUAUUGAUAAGAAAGGAAUACAGUCUAUUUUAUUAUAAAAUAUUCAAGGAUAUCAAGAUCAAAACACUUCAGAGAAAGCAGACGACAGUUUUGAGUCCAGUCUGAACAUAGAAAUUGAGGAUUUUUAGCAAAGUGGUUGUAACUAGUAUGUUGUAUGUCAUAGGAAAUUAAUAAAAGAAAUUGACAUAAAAGACAGAGAUACCGGUACAUGUUUGUGGACUGAUCUGACUCAACAAGAUUAUGGUAUGGGCAUGCUUUUUCUAAAAAAAAGAUAGAAAAAAGGUUAAAACAUUAUACAAGCGCAUUCGUUGGGCCCUUAAGUUUAAUCUAAAACUUGUGACAGGAGACCAGUCUAUAAAAUGAUGUAUCUGAUUGGUUAACUCUGAUUUAAAAUUUUUAAAUUGACCAAUGGCAGGAAAGCAAAAAUUAUAGACUGAUCUUAUUAUAUUUACCUCUUUAUUUGUAAGCUUUUUUCCAAGAUGUUUGUAUUUUCUCAAGAUCUUUUGCAAAAGUUUCCAGAUAUAUAUCAAAAAAUUAUUUAGAGAGAUAAAAUUUGGCAAGUGUGUCAUGUGUUCAUGGAGAAUGUCAUAUUUUAACUGUGAUUUCAGUUCAGAUGUUGUCAGGUUGUUUUUUUUCUUUAUAUUGAUUAAUUAUGUAAUAAUUGUAUUUUUUGUUUGAAGAAAAUUUUUUAAGAUUUAAGGGGUUUAAAGGUGUGUGAAUUUUAGAACAUUGUUUCAUUGAUAUUUUUUUAAUUGUUUAAAGGUUUUCUCGAUUGUUUAUACCAACACAAGAUGCCUUCAUUUUUUACAGUAUCACAUUAUUUGAUGCUCAUUUUCUUUUACUUUUUUU